UCACCCCUCAGUAACCCCCACCCUCACAGUGACACUCCCAGAUCCCCAAGUGACCCCCCCCCGGCCUUCAUCUACCCCCUGCUCCUCCCCUUCCAGGCCAUCCUGGGGCAGACACUGGACUUUUGCCUCCCUUCCCCCGUGUCUCCAAUCUCUGCCCCAUCUGGGGGCACUGACCCCCGGCCUUGGUCUGUGUCCCAGUGGCACCAGCCUGGCACCCUGCCCCCCCGGCCCUUGGGGGUGGGGAGUAGAUGCCAUGAGGGGGUGCUGGGCUCUGCAAUGGUUAUUCCCCAGCGUGGGCAGGUCCUGGCCUGGCCCAGUAUGACCUGGUGCUCCCCCGUCUUCAUAGCCCCCAAUAUGGCCCUAUAUGCCCCAGUAUGGCUCUGCAUGGCCCAGUAUAGCCCUGUAUGGCCCUGUAUUCUCCAGCAUGGCCCCAUAUGCCCCAGUAUGGCUCUGCAGCCCCAGUAUGGCCCAGUAUUGCCCCAUAUGUUCUUGUAUGACCCAGGAUGGCCCUAUAUGCCCCAAUAUGGCCCUGUGUGCCCCAGUAUGAUGUAAUAUGCCUCAGCACAACCCAGUACACCCCAAUAUGGCCCAAUAUGCCCCAGUGUGGCCCACUAUAGCCCAAUAUGGCCCAGGAACUUCCAGCACAGUCUAAUAUGCACACAAUAUACGUGUGUAUGUGUGUGCACAUGUGCAUGCAUGUGUCUGGGAAUAUCUGCACAUGUGCAUGUGUCUGGCCAUGUGUGGGUGUGUGUGCGUGCACACAUGUGUGCAAGCUGCAGGGUGCCCCCACAUGUGCACAUGUCUGUCUGCACCAGCCUGUUUCGCACAUGUGUGCAGUUGGGCUCUGGGUUGUGCUGAGUUUGCACACAUGUAUGUGUGUGUGUGUGUGCACACUCAUGCUUGGAGAGCUGUGGGGCCCUGUGCAUUUCUGGGCACACAGGCAUGUCAGGACACACACCUGGAUGUGCUGUCACAUGCAUCCACAUGCGAGGGCACCCGUGUGUGUGUGUCUGUCUGUCUCCGUGCCCCCCGCACCCCCUACCAGUCAGGGCCAACGGCCUCUCGUUUCCCCCCUCACCACCACCCUUGACCUUUAACCCCCUGGCCAAAGUCAAUGCCCCCGCCUCCCUGUGCCCCCUUGUGAGAGCACAAGUGUGCGAGGGGCUCGCACAGGGACCAUGGCCCUGCCUGCCACCCUCCUGCUGUUGCUCCUGCCCCUCCCCGUGGCAGGGGACCCUUCCCAGGACGCCCUGCUCUUCCAGGCGCCUCAGGGAGACCCCGAGGCUGUGAACUUGGGUGUCCGCUGGGGCAGCCUCACCCCUACGGGGGUCAUCCACAUCGACCUGAGCACUGUCACCAGUGCCACGUCGUCGUUCGAGUUCCGCACGCGGGACGCCGAGGGCCCCAUCUUCUCUGGUGACACCGGCGGCGGCGACUGGUUCGUGCUGGGCCUGCGGCGGGGGCAGCUCGAGGUGCAGCUGCAGAACAGUGUCACCAACCUCAGCGCGGCUGCUGGGCCCCGGCUGGACGAUGGCCGCUGGCACCGGCUGUCAGUGAGCAGCGAGGGCCACGCGGUGCUGCUGGAGCUGGACGGGGCCCCUGCACUCACCCUGCGCCACGUGGCUGCCCCCCUGGCCCGCCACCCUCUGCCCACCAUGCGCAUUGCCCCGGGGGGGCUCCUGUGGCCCCCCACCCGCCUGCUCGACCCGCUGGACCCCGCCAUGGACGGUUGCAUGCGGCGCUGGGAUUGGCUGAACCAGACAGUGGCCUGGGGUCAGGGGUCAUCCGGGGGUCCCCCCAAACCCUGCUUCCGCACCCUGCUCCCCGGCAGCUUCUUUGCAGGGGGAGGGGCCAUCUUCACAACCGCAGAUCUGGUGCCCGACCCCCCAGCCCCUGAGGGGGGCUGGGAGCUGGUGGUGGAGCUGGGGGUCCGGGCCCCCUCCCAGACCGGCCUCAUCCUGGCCAUCACAGAUGCCAACACCAGCCUGGUGCUCAGCCUGUCCCUGACACCCACUGCCCUGACAUUGCGCCUGGACCAGGGGGGGCAGCUGAGCCUGCCUCUGCCCCCGGGCUGCCCCUGCCCAGUGGAUGCUGUGGGGCUGCACGUAGGGCCAGCCAGCCUCAGCCUGCGCCUCGGGGCCCAGCACACCUGCACCCCCCUUGCUGCACCUGCCUUGCGCCUCCGCACUGCCUGGACCAGCCCCCACGGCCGCCUGCACCUUGGGGCCCUGCCAGAGGCAGCAGAAGGGCCGGGCCCUUUCCAGGGCUGCCUGCAUGGGCUGCAGGUGCAGGGCCAAGAGCUUGACCUCGAUGCUGCCCUGGCCAAGAGCAAUGCCAUCUGGUCCCACGGCUGUCCUGGCAAUGGGGGUCACAGGGUUGGUUGUACCUGCCCCUAAUAAAGGGCUCCUGGCAACUG